CCCAAAAUAAAACCAUCUGCCGAAUUUCAGAACUACCAAAGCCACGUUAGGCAAGUGGAGGAACUGAGAAAGCAGAAACCCACUGAAGAUUUGCAACAGUUACCUAAUCACCGAGAAGAGACUGAAAUUAAAGUACUGAACUUUUGUUUGAAUCUAUUUUGCCGACGCAAUAGUUUAAUUUCCACGGUUUCAAGUUAUGAGCAGUGAUGGGACGCCUGAGAAGCUUAUAACAGACAAGGAAAAUACCACAGUUAACAUGGAUUCUACUCAAUCCUUAGAUGAAGAGGCAGUUGGAUUUAUAAAUAUACCUGGAAGAGGAAAACUGCAAACACAAAUUUUCGAAACAAGGACUCGUGUUCACUGCUACUUUGAUCCAGAUGAAGCUACAUGGUUAAGAUUGCCGAUUAUGUGGGAACUUAACUCUCCCGUUGUUAUUUACCUCAUCAAUUUAGUUAAGGAUGUCUGUCCCAAUUGGAGAGAUGAUGCUGAUAUCCUUGCAGCCUUACGCGUGAGCAAUUACAAUGUUGAUGAUUGUGUAAACAUUUAUCACAGUACUAUUGGCAAAAGUGUUUCAUCAGCUGGAGAAGAAAGUAACACUAAUCUCACAAACUCUGCUUGUAAAGUUGGGAAUUCGGAUUUCGCACAGAGUGGAACACCGAAAAUUUAUGAUCAUAAUUAUUAUGAAUUAGUAAAUGAAGUAGAAAUUCUGAAGAAGCAAAUUAAUAAGAUUUCCACCGAACUGCAGCAUGAGAAGAAAGCUCAUGAAAAGUUGAAGUUGUUCAUUCAGUCUCAGAAAAGUGACAAACAAUCAAAUAGCUUUAAAUUUCAAGGACUUUCAGGAGAAAUUCACAGCUCAUUUAUCAGAACUAAAGAAAUUUGUCAAGAUGUCAAAGAUAUUCUGCACGGGUCAAAACACAUUUUGGAAGACUUUACUAAUACGCUAUGCCCUCUACUUAGAAAAACCAAACGGUUGUACACAGAACAAAAUGAAAGACUCAAAGAAACUAAAGCUGUCUAUCGAUUAGAGUCACAACAGCGUCGCCUAAUAUACAACAGAUUGGUUGAAAUACGUGGUAAUAUUCGAGUAUUUUGUCGUAUACGUCCUUCAAAUUAUAUGAACAGCUCACAUAGUUGGUUAAAGUGUAAUGACAGUGGCGAAUUAUUGGCUUGCUUACCUAACUCUUCAAAACGUAAAUACCAAUUCGAUAAUGUUUUCCACGUAAAUGCUAGUCAGGCAGACGUUUUUAAAGAAAUACGAGAUAUUAUUGCUUCAUCAAUAGAUGGAUAUAAUGUUUGUAUUAUGGCCUAUGGCCAGACAGGAAGUGGUAAAACUUACACAAUGGAAGGCCAUCCCAAUGAUCCUGGAAUAUAUAUUCUAUCUAUACGUGAGCUACUGCGACUGGCGAAGGAACGUCAGAAGACAGAUUUCCAACUCUCUAUAAGCAUAUUGGAGAUUUAUAAUGAGAAUAUUGUUGACCUGCUUAACACAAAUGGUAUGUGCGAUACAGUUGAAAUUCGUCAUAAUGGAUCAUUGGUCAAUAUACUUGGAGCAACAUGGAUGCGUGUUUCAGAUGAAAAUGAUAUGCAUACAGCUAUUUCAUUAGGACAAAAAGGUCGACAUGUGGCGUCAACUAAACUGAACACAAACAGUUCAAGAUCUCAUCUUAUUGUUUCCGUUUCUGUAAUCGGAACAAACAGAAUUUCUGGAACUAUUAGCCGUGGUCACUUAACAUUAUGUGAUUUGGCUGGGUCUGAAAGGGUCGAGAAAUCAGAAGCAACCUCUGCUGAACGCUUUAAUGAGGCGACGCAUAUAAAUCUAUCACUAUCCGCAUUAGCGCAGGUAUUCAUGGCAUUACGCAAUAAUCAACUGCACGUUCCUUAUCGAAAUACUAAACUAACUCAGAUGUUGCAACCUUGCCUAGGUGGAGAUGCCAAGACUUGCUUGAUAGUGAACAUUAAUGAAGAUCCAGCUAGCAUGUCAGAAACCUUAUCUUCGCUUCAAUUUGGCACUAAUGCACGACAAAUUACUCUUGGUCCUGCUAAAGCUCAUAUAACAAAUAUUCAUCAUAGUUAAUUUCGUUUCUUAAAAACACUAAGACUUUUUAUUCCUUAAAUUAUUUAAAUUUUAUUUUCUGAUAUUUAAUUAAUUAUUGUGAACGAAGAAAUCUCUUUUAUGUCAUGCUAUUUUAAUGGAGUCACUUAAAUUAGUUUUACUUUUAAAACUAAAUAAAAAAACUACUCCC